AUGGUUCAUUUCCUCGAUGUCAGUCUUCUGUACUACCUCAUCGAAGAAUUCAUGGGGUGGCUGCCAGCCCGCUGCCUGCACCAGACCCACCGAAGAGCGAGAACCCCGGGAACGAAUCUGCAACAAGAACUGCAGCGCCUCCAUGGCGAUCAAGGCCCAAGCAUGCACGCGCUCGGAUACUCCACGCUGGCACGAAGGCUCUGGUGCGAGGUGGUCCUUCGGCUCCGUCGCUGCCAGACGCCGCUGAUCCCACAUCCGCUAGCCAGUGCAGAGCGCAGGGUCAUAGUCAGGUACCAGGACCAAGAAGAAUGGCCCACGGAGAACAUUCGCAGUCUGGACAGAAGUCGUCUCCUUGAGGCCUUUCCGCAAGCCGGCUUUGUCCCGGCCUUGGAACUUCUUCAUGCACAUGGAAACCAUUUUGCGCGUAGCGCAAUCCUGGGCAUUCAGCGAGCCGGACCCCAACAUUGCAUCUUCACUAACGUGGUGACCGUCUCGGCGAUGCUGAUGGGCUUCGAAGUGCUCCUUCGGAUGCGGUGGCAAACCGUCGUGGAGCACGCUUCCUUGUCGGCAGGGAACAGCACAGUCCUGCCCCUGGAGCGGAAGUUUCGUGCCAGCAAACGCAAAAUGGCCUCCGGUGACGCACGCGGCCUGUUCGAUAGCCUGAGCGCAGCACCCAAGAGCCCAGGCGGAACGACCACAAGAGGCGCUGCAGCAGAGCGCCGCGACAAGUUGUAUCCCUUCGACGCCGCAGCAGUGCAGUGUCUCAACCCCUACGGGCAGUCCCAGUUCACGGCAGAGACAACAAGCAGAGUGUGGGACAUGAUCAACAAAGGUUCCAAACGCGUGCGUUUCCACUCGGAGCUUGCCGCAACCGAGAGCUACAGGGUAGGCGUCGGUCUGAGCCGAACGGCCGAAACGCUCAAAGAAGGCAUCGCUUCCCUCCAAGAUGAUACCAUGAAGAGGGUCUUGAAUCAAGAGCUGUUGGACAAGGCGUUGGAGGAAGCCAACACCUUGCUUCCACACCUGGUGGAGUCAGCGGUUGCCCCGCCAAGUGAAGAGACGGUGAAGGCGGCCGCAGACGCCCUGCGCGACUGGCUCCAGAAGGACGGAAGCCCCCUCCGUGGACUUCUCUCGGUGCUUGCAGCUGGCGGCAGCAUUUGGUCUGCGCACGUGGCAGAGAAGGUUGCCAGGCCCCUGCCCAGCAGCAGAGCACUGGAGCAAGUGGAAGCAAGGACGCCGAAGGUCUCUUCAGUGGCUGAAGAGCAGCACUUGUCGGAGAGGCCCGACCAGCACAGGUACAUGCCGGCAAAAGAAGCCGACGGAAGAGGCAACUGUGUAGACACGGGACCAGGCCAAGCUUGUGUCUUUGGAAAAGAAGGCACACCAGCCCAGCCCAAACCCGGGAAUGAAAGGUGCUCCUGGUGCAGCCCGGAGCUUCUGCAGGCAGUUUCCUCCGAUCCGAAGCGCCGAGGGCGCCUGAUCUUUGUCGACCGCAACUUCAGCCAGGAUGUCGCCACACAAGCCAUGGGCCGUUUGCCGGCAGUUGCGAAGCCCAUCUUCGAAGCAGCUCGCAAAACCGAGAACCCUUCGAGCACCAGGGGCGGGGGACCCCGCAAGAGACCAGCCAGUGCAGAGACGGAGGAAAAGCAAGCCAACGCCAAAGCAAAAGCAGCCCCAGCACUCAAGCGCCCAGCGGCUCCUCCAUUGAAGCGCCCAGCGGCUCCACUGAAGCGCCCCGCCAGUCGUCCACCCAGCCCACCAGCAGAAGAGCCCCCCGCAGCUGCACCCGCGGUUGCGCGGCAAAUAGACUUGGCAGCCACACCAGACCUUGCGGAUGCCGAAGCAGCUCUGCGCGCGUUGGCCAAGGCGAUCGCCCCGCAGCUGCAGCCACAUUGGAUUGCCGGAGCCGUGGAAGCUUGGGCAAGAAGCAUGCGCACAGAUGGGCACUGGGGAGACGACAUCUCCUGCCGGACCUUGUGCGACUUCAUUCGAAGGCCCGUCAUCAUCUGGCGCUCCGUGGAGCCAGAUCAAGACCCACACUGCUUUGUGCCCCUGGAGCACACAGCCAUUGGUGUAGCAACUCCGGUCUACUUGCGCCUAGAAGAACAUGUGGCUGGGUCCGAGCACUACACGGCCUUGCUUUGGACCCCGGCGCCGCCAGCAGCAGAGGCAGGGCCCCCACCAAAGAAACGCACACCUGCAGAAGCCAGGGGGCUACACGGUUUGGAUGCCAUUGGAGAUUGGGGAAAGCUUGGCUUGACGAGAGCAGAGUACCAGGCCCUUUUGGAUUUGGACCUGUCCAACCUGACGUCUUUGCAAGCAAGGGCAGCGUUUCAAGAAACAGUUCCGGAUCUGCGCCUCACGUUCGUGGACGCGCAGUUUUUCCGUGACUUGAAAAAAACAAAGCGCAGGGAAGACGCCAAGGAGAAGUUCCACAAGCAGCUGGCGGUCAUCGAGAAGGUGAAAGCAGGUGUCGAAGGAGACCAAGAAGUCGUGAAAGCUGUGCCAGGGGUCGGCACAGCCUUCGUCAGGGCCGUGCGCAAGCAGUUCGAAACCAUCGCAGAGAGCUGUUGGCGCGCCGAGUUCAGCAAGAUGUUCACGGUGUUUGGUCUCCACAGCAGCGGCCGCGCCUGGCACCAAGAGCCCCCGCCCAACGAAAGUUGGGCAGCCAAAGCACAAGAAUGGAUGCGGGUGCCUAGCUGGGUUUUUUGUCCAGAAUGCGGCCGGCGAGAACUGAAAACCGAAGUGGCCUGGCAGUGGCGUCGCAAUCCGGAAUCCUGCGUGCAACGCCCUUGCCCUCACGGAUGCGACCUGCCACCCCAGGAGCUGCAGCAAGAGCUGGAGGAGCCGCUCGAGUCGAAGAGCUUGAAAGCCUACGUCACACCUCAGCUAGAACAUUGGCAGGCAUGGGUACAACACAUUGCGCCCGAGGCCGCGCCCGAAACCCUAUUGCACCAGGUGGUGCCGGCGGAAGACCUGCUUGCCCUGGGCCUCGUCAACCUGCACCUGGACUUCGCGACCCGCCGGGGAGGCAAAGCCAGCGUGACCAGCCGCCAAAAACAGACAGUGAUCCGUGCGAGCUGGAAGCCCAGCCUCCCCACGGAGGCGCUGCGCUCCGAAGCCGGACGCCGCGCCUAUGAGUGGCUGUGCUCUAACAACAAAACCUAUGAGUUCUUUGUGGAAAAGCACAAGGCCGUGCUUCGGAGCCAAGCGGCUGGAGAGGCCCACCUGUGGAUCCCAACAGCAGAGCUGCUCCUCGGUUUGCCUGGCCUGGAAGUCGCUGCUCGGCCGUGGCUGUACCCCUACACAGGCUGCGGCGACACAGACAUCGCCCAAGACUACGCCUCAGAUUUCUCCCUCCAAGCCUUCCUCUACGACGUCUCCAUGGCCCGCACCAUCAGCUCGGUGGUGAAUAUUGCCGAAAGCAAGAAGAUGGCGCCCGAGACCUUGGCGUCAGAGAUGGCCGCCUUCGAAAUGUAUUGGCACAGGGAAGGCCAAAAGUUGGAAGACAUCUGCCGUCAGAUGAACGGCCGCUUGCCAGAGCUCUUUUUCACGUUGGCGCCUGCAGAAUGGGCAUACCCGCUACACCAAGGAGCUUUGCCCCCCGCCAAAGAUGAAGAGCUGAGCCAGCACCAGAUCCUGCUGACUCUCCACAUCUACAACACCAUGCAAGCCCUCUUGAGAAAGCUGGUUGUGGAAGAAGGAGACGCUUUGGCCCAGUGCGGCAUCGAAGAGAUCCUCCACUGGUGUAUGCGUUUCGAAUUCCAGAAAAGGGGCACCAUCCACGUGCAUGUGAUUUGCUGGAUCGAAACAGUCCCCAGCAUCCACCCAGAGCAGCUCACCGGAAAGACCGGGGGCCACAAAUCCACUUUGGUCGCCUUGCUGGAAUCCAUUUUUCAGUGCAGCGUGGAUGUGCAAGGCGGCAAGUGCAGCAACAACCUUUUGAAGUAUGUCACCGGCUACGUCACCAAAGCUUCGGAUGCGUUGCAGUUCAGGAGCAAGGACCGCAACACCUCCAGCAAUGCAGAGGAUGCAACCCGCUGGCGCCAGAUCUACCGUCUACUUUGCAAGCGGUCGCCCUUGGAGCAGGAGAUGGCCAUGGACAUGUUUGGCAAUUCUAUGGUGCGGGCUUCCUUCACAGGCGCGCUAGUACACGCGCCCAUACCUGGCAGCACGGCAAUCAACAACGACAGGCACCUCUACAACGCCUACCAGCAAUGGCUCGUGAACCCCCGGGUGGAAGGAGAUGCCAGCCACGACCCAGCGCCUGCAAAAACCAACUUCAUCGAGUGGUGCAGGUUCUUCGAUGUGAAGAAGUUCGUGCCCGACAGCCAGCAGCCACAAGACAUCCACGGCCGUCAGAAAUUCACCUACACCCUGCGGCGGCGCAAUGUGGUCGGACGCGGGGCGGGAAAAGUCUGUGCAGUGGCAAUGUCCUUUCCUUUCGAGCUCCUGGACAUUUACAUCGGCAGCUGGGCGGCAACCUUCUUACGAAAUCAACCGGAAGAGGGCAUUUGGCCAAGGCCGGCCACUGAAGUACCAGAGAACAUGGUGCACUUGGCGGCGCUGCUCCUGCCGCGAAACGGAGAGAACAUCGUGGGCCGCAAGGCUUGGGAGGCAAAGACCGAGGACUUGAUCCUGGCAGUGGAAAAGGGCCUGCACGUCAGAGGCCUGGGCCGCGAUCGGGUUUGGACCUUCGCUCACCGCGCCCGCGCCUGCGCGAUGAUGCUUUGGGAUGUUUUGCAAGGGCAAGCCAGGGCCGCGGACUGGAGCGCCAACCCGCUCUUCCGCGCACCUGCCCGCAGAUGGUCCCCAGAACAGCAGCAGGUACUGACUGCAAUCGAGCAAGGCACCAACAUCACCGAUGCCAACGUUGCUGCAGCGAGCCAAAGAGUGCUCCAAGUAACAGGUGGCCCUGGAACAGGAAAGACUGAGGUGGUGAUCGCUGCCGCACUGGCCGCCAGCGACCGCGGCUUGCGCGUGCUGGUCUGCGCCCCAGUCGGCCUGCUUGUAUCUAUGUACAGGCUCCGCCUACCUCCAAGCAACUUGAUCACCAUCGAGACAAUCCAUGCAGCUUUCAAGGUUUCAAGAGACCGAGACGCGCAAUAUGACCCACCAGGGCGAUUGCGGCACUACGACCUGAUCAUCAUGGAUGAGGUGAGUCAGAUCGACGGAGAAGUCUGGAGAUGCCUUCAGGUUGCCCUCAGCGAAUUGCGCCCUUGCCCUUACGUGGUGUUUGUGGGGGACUUUCAGCAACUGCAACCAGUCCACGGAGAGCACCUCUUGCACCAGGCGUUGCAGCACGAGCAGGCCAGAGGCCAGUUGCAACGCAUAGAGUUGCAGCAGCACGAAGCGGCCCGGUCAACCGACCCAGACAUGCUCGCGUUCCUGGCGUGGGCAAGAGUGCACCAGCCGUCGAGGAACUGCCUGGAGAACUUUUUCCACGGACGUCGGCUGUCCAGAGACAAAGACGACGCCGUGCGGCAGGCAAUCGGCAUCGAGCGGGCCACAGGCAAACAGUUCACCUUCCUGACGGUCACCAACCGUGGGGCGCAGGCUUUGAACCUGGCGCGCCUCCGGGCGGAGUUUCCAGGAGCAGCGGACCGCAUCGAAAACAUGCACGAGUGUGUGGUAGGUGACCCGACAGCGGACGCUGGUCUGCUGGUGCUCCAAGAAGGCAUGCGGGUCCGGCUCACACGGAAUCUGGACAAGGACAGAGGCUUCGUGAAUGGCAACGUUGGAGUGAUUGAGAAGAUGCUGACCAAGGUACCAGUGGUCUACGCCUAUGCCACGACGAUGAGGCGCGCCCAAGGCUCCACCCUUGAGUUAGUCGGCUUGUUCUUCGACCGAAGGCGUGCCGACCGCGGCUAUGCUUAUGUCGGUGCAUCCAGAGCCAAGUUCAAGAACGAUGUAUACCUGCAGGGAAGGAUCCGCAGGUCGGAUUGGCUGCCAGUCGGUGGCGACCCCCGUGGAAACGAACAAUCGUCGCCAGGGCCUCUGAGCUGGUCGGAUUCGGAUGAUGAUGCCUCAGGCAGUUCGUCCCACAGCGACGAGCAAUCAGACGAAAGCAAAGAACCAUCCGAUGACGAGCCGGACGACCCCACUGCCUGGAACAAGUUCCGCCCACGGGCAUGGGAGGAGCCUUGCAGCGAUGAGGAAACCGAGGGCUCAGAGUAUGGCAUCCAGUUCGAACCAAGGGAUGAGGACGCUUCCAUCGCCAAUCCUGAUGCCUUUCUGCUGAUCUUCAACGGUCGGUGGGGGCCCGACGUUAAAGAACUCUCCCCUGUGCAAGACGGGGGCCGAGAUCGGGGGAUCUCGGCAGCAUCCGCACAAGGUCCCCCACAACAGGACCAAAGGCCUGGAGAGCCGUCGAGCAUUGCAUUUUCAAGCGAAAAUGGCCAAAAGGAAGCA